UUGAGGAGACUAGAUAGCCCCGCCCCGUUCCAGAUUUCUGGCCGGAAUAGGAGAAGUCAUCUUACCUCCCUGAAAGCAUUUCUUGAGAUAUAGAAACUAACUGGUCCUUUUGGAAAAGAAUAAUGGUCAGAAACAUUCACACAGUCUACUUUGAGACCCAGCGUGCAUGACAACACUGACUAGGCUCGAAGAGGGGGGUAGUCUCGUUUCCUGGGGGCAUGUUUGGGUCUAGUAGUUCUGAGGCACACGUUAGCAUGUUGGGAACUGUAGUCUCGGUAGCUCGUCGCCUCUCCCUUCAGGAACAGAAACGCACGAAGAUGAGGCCUCAGAUCAUUGAAGCACCCAAGAUACGCACUCGAGUCGAGUCGGCAACUGGUGAAGCUCUGCCCCUCCUGGAACGCAACCAGAGUUCCCUUCUCAACGCUUUCCACUGUCUGUUCUCGAAGACCCUCCGCGGCCACCAUUCCAGCCGCUCAUUGGCCCUUUGACCCGUCGUAACGCCUGCGCAGUAGAUCCCUUUGAGGGUCUUGGGCAGGCGCCAUUUUGGUCGCGGAGGUGCUGCUGGGAAGCCUCUCUCCCGCCGGCUGGGGGACAAAUCACACUAGGCCGGGCCUAGGCGGCGGUCGACUCUUCCUCCCGGAGGCUCCCGGCGCCCUCCCCGCCCCCUCACCUUCCCUCCUUGCUGCAAACUGCAGGGACCCUACCUAUUUAGGGUCCUGUAGGUGGCCUCCCGAGCCCCAGGCAAGGCCGGACCUAGCCGGGAGGGGAGGAAAGGGGGUCGGUAGUGGGAAGGAAGCUGGGGGCGCAGCGCGGGGGGCCCGGAGCCUCCCGGUCCAGGCGCCCACCUCGGGCCCGGGACCGCCAUGGAGAUGGAGUAUUACAGCGGCGACCAAUCAGAUGAUGGUGGAGCUACCCCAGUACAGGAUGAACGGGAUUCAGGGUCGGACGUUGAAGAUGAUGUUAUUGAGCAGCAUUCUGGAUCAGAAAAUGGAAGUUUAGAGCAUCAUUCAGAGAAUGAUCAUAGUGAUAGAGAAGAUGAUGGACAGAUUAAAAGGCAUCAUAUGACAGACUCAGAAAAUGAGGACCUUACAAAUCACAAUGUUAGUGACUCAGAAAAUGAGGAGCUUCAUAGGCAUAAAUAUAGUGACUCUGACACCGAAGACCAACCAGAUCCUCCUGUAAGUGACUCUGAAAAUGAGGACCUAAAUCAUCCCACAAGUGACUCUGAAAAUGAUGAACCCCAGAAGCUACCUGUUAGUGACUCUGAAAAUGAAGAACCUCUCAAUGGGCAUGCAAGUGACUCAGAAAAUGAGUAUGCUCCUAAGCUGCCUGCUAGUGACUCUGAGAAUGAGGAAUUUCAAAAAGGCAUUGAUAGCGAUUCAGAUGUUGAAGAGCCCCAUAAAGGUCCUGCCAGUGACUCUGAAGCUGAUGAGUCCCAGAAAGGUCCCGCCAGCGACUCAGAAGCUGAUGAAUCUCGGAAAGGUCCUGCUAGCGACUCAGAGGUUGAUGAUCCCAGGAAGGGUCCAGCCAGUGACUCAGAAGCUGAUGAGCCCAGGAAAGUUCCUGUCAGUGACUCAGAAGCUGAUGAAUCCCGAAAAGGUGGUGCCAGUGACUCUGAAGCUGAUGAACCUAGGAAAGGUCUUGCCAGUGACUCUGAAGCUGAUGAGUCCCGAAAAGGUGGUGCUAGUGAUUCUGAAGCUGAUGAGCCUAGGAAAGGUCCCAUCAGUGAUUCAGAUGUUGAUGAGCCUAGGAAAGGUCCUAUCAGUGAUUCAGAUGCUGAAGAGCCCAGGAAAGGUCCAGCCAGUGACUCGGAAGUUGAUGAGCCCCGAAAAGAUCCUGUAAGCGAUUCAGAAGCUGAAGAGCCCCCAAAAGGCCCUGCCAGUGACUCAGAAGCUGAUGAGCCCCAAAAGGGCCAUGCCAGUGACUCUGAAGUUGAGGAUGCCCCUAAAGUUGCCAGCGACUCCGAAAAUGAAGAGGCCCCAAAACGCCAGCCAAGUGACUCUGAAAAUGAGGGGCUUCAGAAGGCGCAUGCCAGUGACUCAGAAAAUGAAAAUUCCUCUAGACAAAAACAGAAGAUUGAAUCAGAUGAUAGUGACAGAGAGAAUAGACGGGAUAAAGGGAAAUCGCAGAAUGACUCUUUUCAUUCAGGUAGCCAUCCAGAAGGGAAAAUAUUUCACAGCUCUGACAGUGAGGAUGAAGCACCUAAAAGGCAAAAAAUGGAUAGUGAUGAGGAUGAAGAGAAGGAAGAGGAGAAAGUUGUGAAGAGGAAAGCUGCCAUCCUUUCUGAUAGUGAAGAUGAAGAGAAAACACCUGCAAAGAAGGGGCGCAUCGUCUCUGAUGCAGAUGACUCUGACAGUGAUGCUGCAUCAGAAAAAUCUGCCAAAAGACAGAAAAAGAGUGUAGCAUCAGAGAGUGAUGAAGAAGAAGCUGGAAAGGAAGAGACUGGCAAGAAGAGUGAAGAGAAAGAUCUGUUUGGGAGUGACAGUGAUUCAGGAAAUGAAGAAGAGAACUUGAUAGCAGAUAUAUUUGGAGAAUCUGGUGAUGAAGAAGAAGAAGAAUUUACUGGCUUUAACCAAGAAGAUUUGGAAGAAGAGAAAAGUGAAACACAAAUAAAAGAGACAGCAGAUGAUUCUGAUUCUGAUGAUAACAUAAAAAGAGGAAAACAUAUGGACUUCAUGUCAGAUUUUGAGAUGAUGCUGCAGCGGAAGAAGAGCAUGAGUGGAAAGCGCCGGCGAAACCGUGAUGGCGGAACUUUUAUUAGUGAUGCGGAUGAUGUAGUUAGUGCCAUGAUAGUAAAGAUGAAUGAAGCAGCUGAGGAAGAUAGACAGCUGAACAAUCAAAAAAAGCCGGCACUGAAAAAACUAACUUUGUUACCUACUGUAGUUAUGCACCUCAAAAAGCAAGACCUGAAAGAAACUUUUAUUGAUAGUGGUGUAAUGUCUGCCAUCAAAGAGUGGCUUUCACCUCUACCAGAUAGGAGUUUGCCAGCACUGAAGAUUCGGGAGGAACUUUUAAAGAUCCUACAAGAGCUACCUAGUGUGAGCCAGGAGACUCUAAAGCACAGCGGCAUUGGACGGGCAGUGAUGUAUCUUUAUAAGCAUCCCAAGGAAUCCAGACCCAACAAAGACAUGGCAGGGAAAUUGAUCAAUGAGUGGUCUCGGCCUAUCUUUGGCCUCACCUCCAACUACAAAGGGAUGACCAGAGAGGAGAGGGAGCAGAGAGAUCUGGAGCAAAUGCCUCAGCGUAGACGAAUGAACAGUUCUGGUGGUCAGACACCACGAAGAGACCUGGAAAAGGUGUUGACAGGAGAGGAAAAAGCUCUUAGACCUGGAGAUCCUGGCUUCUGUGCUCGUGCCAGGGUACCAAUGCCCUCCAACAAGGACUAUGUUGUUAGACCCAAGUGGAAUGUAGAAGUAGAAUCAUCAAGGUUUCAGGGCACCUCUAAGAAAGGAAUCAGUCGAUUGGAUAAACAGAUGCGGAAAUUCACAGAUAUACGGAAAAAAAGCAGAUCUGCUCAUGCAGUGAAAAUCAGCAUUGAAGGCAACAAAAUGCCAUUGUGACCUUGCUGAGUUCCUUCAUCUCUACUGUAAGAAAUGCACCAUUGGACUCUUGGGAAAAGAUGACAUUUUAAAUUUUUUUAGUGUAUCUGUAAAUUGUUGGUCAACUUCUGUAUCAUGUCCUUGGACUGAGACUCCAGGGGCAUCUCUCCCAAUUGUAUUUAAACCGUUCUGUUGUGUACUUUGUACAGAUGAAUACUCGUUGUACUGCUCCAGACUUUAGACAAUAAAUGCCCAUCUGGUUUUGGG